AUGUGUUACGUGCUUUAAACGAGCCUUUUGUUUUCAUAUGUCACAAUUUAUCUGUGGUUUUUUUGACAGGAAGUAAUCGUGAUAAUUGUUUAAAAUAAUGAGCGAUUUCCUAGCAGCCAACAAUGUCUGUGGACAAAAUUUAUUGCGAUUGGUAUCUCGCGGAAAUGCUAUCAUAGCUGAAUUAAUGCGGUUGAAAGAUUAUGUACCACCCGUUUUUAGCUUGGAUUCAAAGCAAUCAGUACAGAAGUAUGGAUCAAUCAUAAUUGAUUUUGCAUAUUUCAAGGCAGCUAGUGUUUAUGAGCAAAAAAUAGAAGAUGAUUCUGUACUUCAAGAAACAGAUGAGGAGCUACGAAAUAAUUUCUCAGACAUACUUACAAGAUUUUACUUAGCUUUUGAAAGUAUACACAAGUAUGUUACAGAUUUAAACUUUUAUAUCGAUGAAUUGGGAGAUGGAGUUUACAUACAUCAAUCACUAGACUCUAUUAUGUUCAACGAAGAAGGAAAGCAAUUAAUGUGUGAAGCUGUAUAUCUAUAUGGAGUCAUGCUUUUGUUGGUUGAUUAUCAUUUUGAAGGACGAAUUCGUGAAAGGCUACUUGUGUCUUAUUAUCGAUACAAUGCACAGAGAUCUUCCUCCACUAGAGUGGAUGAUGUUUGUAUGCUACUUCGUUCGACAGGAUAUGUGAGAACAUUGUCCAAAAGACCAACUAAUUAUCCCGAAGAAUAUUUCAAGAGGGUACCUUUACGAGAUUUUCUAAUAGAUCUUGUUAUCGGUCGAUUGCGUUCGGACGAGAUUUAUAAUCAGACCCUUGCUUUCCCACAUCCCGAACACCGAAGUACCGCUGUUGCCACGCAAGCAUCCAUGUUAGUCAUAAUAUUGUCAUUUAAACCGACUGUACUUCACACGCAAACUGCUAUUAUGAGGGAAAUAGUGGACAGAUUUUUCCCCGACAACUGGGUAAUUAGUAUUUAUAUGGGAACAGUGAUCAACUUAUGCGAUUGGUGGUCUCCAUACAAAGCUGCGCGAACAGCAUUGAAUAAUACGCUCGAGAAUUCUAACGUGAAAGGAAUUGCGCAAAAAUAUGGAGUAAAGAUGGAUAAACUGAUACAAGAGACCGACGAAGUGCAGAAGGCAGGCACAUUGGACGAGAAUGCGACUGGUUCUUUGGUCAAAUUAAUGAGGGAGUCUAAUGUUACCCUGCACUGGAUCCUUCUACACACAACUAUACCCACCAUAACCCUGGAGGAUUCGAAACGUUCGCGUAUUUUGCGCCAGUCGGUUAUAAGCGAGAGCAAGUAUACCACAGCGAAUUGUCUACGAUUAUUACUGAGCACUGCUCAAAUUGAACAGGAUGUCAAACAGAUGUAUAAAGAUUUACUGCUUGGGAAAGAAGCCAAGUGGCUCCGAGAUAAAGGAACAUGCGUCGAACGUAUAACUGAUCUCGCACAAAUUUUCGGAGGCACUAAACCACUGGAUGGUAUCGAUAAAAACCAGAAUCUUUAUUCGUGGUUCAUGGAAAUCAGUAAGCAUAUUGAUUCGCUGAAGCAGGAGGACGGGAGAAAGAUAGUGCAACUGUUGCAAGCGUUGGAACAGGUUCAAGAAUUUCAUCAGUUAGAAAAUAAUCUGCACAUUUCGCAGUAUCUGGCUGACACUCGCGAGACUCUGCACAAUAUGUUGCGAACAGGCAGCAUAUCUGAAGACGUUAUGAUAAGCUUAAACAUUGUGACGGAUUGUUGCUACGCGUGGAACAUUAUGGAAUCUUUCAUCGACGUGAUGCAGGAGAGCAUUAAGGAAAAUCCACCGAUGGUCAUCAAACUGAAGGCUCUCUUUCUCAAAAUGGCUUCAGCACUAGAAACUCCAUUGUUGAGGGUAAAUCAAGCGCGAAGCGCAGACCUGUCCUCGGUAUCGCAAUACUACAGUAGAGAACUGGAAGGGUACGCUAGACGUGUUUUGCAAAUUAUACCUGAGACUGUAUUUGGCUUGCUAGCGCAGAUUGUACAUCUCGAGACGCACGCAUUUAAAGAAAUCCCAACGAAAUUGCCGAAAGAUAAACUUAAGGACUACGCGCAAUUGAAUGAGAGAUUGCAGAUGGCUAAAUUAACGUACGCAGUGUCGGUUUUCACAAAAGGUGUCUUAUCACUGAGAAGUGUCUCUCUAGGAGUUUUAAGGGUUGACUCGCAUCGUCUUUUAGAGGACGGUAUACGUCAGGAACUUGUGAAGAAGGUUAGCCUAGCAUUGUGCAAUGGUCUCAAUUUUGAUCAGAAGUCCAAGACGUCUCUUCUGCAAAAAUUAUCUAAAUUAUCUUCAAUUAUGGAUGGAUACAGAAAAUCUUUUCAGUAUAUCCAAGAUUACAUUAAUAUAAAUAGCUUGAAAAUAUGGCACGAAGAAAUUACAUACAUUAUAAAUAACGCAGUGGAAGAAGAACGUAGAGGCUCCUCCUGGGUACCAGGAAAAUCGUGGAGGCAAUUCCAGGAAGAUAAGCAUGCAUCUUCGACGGAUAAUACUUCGUUGACAUUUAUGGGCAGACUUGCCAGAGAACUCAUUCGUAUUACCGAUCCGAAAACUACUGUAUAUAUAGAUCACUCUCUAGCAUGGUACGACAUUAGGACGCAAAAUGAAGUUUUGAAUUACAAAAUCUUCUCCGUGAUAUUGGAAACGAUAGGUACUCCGGGGUUAUCGGGGCUGGACAAGCUCAUCUCUUUUUACAUCGUCAUGGAAUUGGAGGCUCUGGUUCAUUAUGUAGAAAAAAAUAUACGGAAUAAAACAUGGACGUCGAUGUUGGAGGAUUGUGAGGCUACUUUAAGUACUUUAGACAGUGCGAAAAGUAACAUCACGAAACUUCAUAAUUCCGUGAGUGCCAGCAGCAGCAAAUUAUGGUCGCCAGCACUCGAGUGGACAUUGAAAGUGGGUCAUUAUCAAUUACUUAGGAAGAAGAUAGCGUACGAGCUAAACACUGCUUGCAAAUUCGAGGCGAAACACAUGGAAGCGGCACUUCGAACAUUGAAUACAGCAAUCUUGUGUGAGAUAACGAAGAAAGACAACAAUAAUGAGAGCGAGUCGGAGAAAAGCGAAUUGCUUCACGAACUUAGCGUGCGAUUGGACUGGGCUGGCAUCAGCGAUCCGCACAAUAAAGUUUAUAUCAAGCCACCAAAGAUAGAUAAUAUAGCUCUCAUUGUGUUCUUAUUCACAGUGUCGCAGUUAAAUAAAUUAAUGUAUUGUAAAAAUACAGCGAGUCUGUUAAGCAAGAGGUACCAAGAUCCCGUUGACGCUGUGGUAUUUGCGAUAGGCAUACAAACGAUUCUCCGUCAAUUCCACGUCUCUGUAAUGAAUCGAUAUGUGAAAUAUCUUUGCAUGUAUAUUCUGUCAUUCCUCACCAUGGAAAGUAUGAAAGCCGGUAACGACACGGAAACCGAAGGAGCAACUAAUCUUCAUUUCCUGGAGCUUUUUGUAAAAUAUUCCGGCAUUCCACGUUCCCUUAUUCUCAAAGAGAUACCCGUUGUUGUCUUAGACCAUUCUCUGGUUAAAAUGGCGAAAUGACACAAUUUCUGAUAUGAUAUGAAAUAUUACAUACACUGUAAAUGAACCAAAUAUAAGAGAUAUGUAUUUUAUAUAAAUUAAUGAAAGAAAUAAAAUAUUACGUAGCUUAA